AUAAAAUUAAAUUAACACCCAAAACACGACCAGGUGACAUUACAUUGCAAAGAAAAAACAAAACAAAACUCCAAUAAUAUAAAUUAAGAAUCUACAUAAAAAAGCAAACUUGGCAACCAAAUUUAAUUACUUGAUCAGCCAUGGCCGAGAGAAGAGAACAAGAGAAGCCCCUCGCCCCGGCCACCCCCGCAAUCGUCUUCGUCGAAAAGCUCACCCCCUUCCCGGCGGCAGAGUUCAUAUCGCGCCGCCGCAAGCGAUGCCUCAAGUGCUGCGGCUGCUCCGCCGCGCUGCUCCUAAUCAUCGCCGUCACAACACUCGCGCUCAUGCUCACAGUCUUCCACGUGAAGGAUCCAGCGAUCAAGCUGAACUCGGUGAACAUCCACGGCUUCGAUAAACUAUCCAACAACACCAACGCCCUCGCCGGCUUCAACCUCACGUUGGUGGCCGGCAUCUCCAUCAAGAAUCCUAAUGCGGCGUCGUUCAAGUUCGACGAGGCGACGGCGGGCGUGCACUACGGCGGCGCGCUCGUCGGAGAAGCUAGGGCGCCGGCGGGGGAGGCGGGGCCGCGGCGGAAGCGUAGGAUGGAUGUUGUGGUGGAUAUUAUGGUGGAUCGAUUGGUAGGAGUGUCGAGAUUUGAGAGUGAUUAUGCAGCUGGAAUUUUGCCGCUUAGUGCUUUUGCGAGAGUUAAAGGGGUGGUGAAGAUCACAGAGGUUAUCAAGAGGAGUUUUGUGGUGAAGAUCAAUUGCAGUUUUAGUGUCGAUUUCAGAAGCCAGGUUAUUCGAGAUAGGAGUUGCAUGAGAGAUCUUUCUUUGUGAUUUGUAUUUUUUUUUUUUUUAUAUUAACAAUAUUAAAUAAAAAAAUUUAAAGGUCGCA